CAGUAUAUUGUAUGUAUAUGCUCAUAUGUAUAGUGUGGAAAAAAAAUAAAAUCAUAAUGUUGCGAUAUUUGAUUAAUAUAUCACACUUACCUUUAGUUUUUGUAAAGAAAGCCUCUAAUAGAGGUUGGUACUUUACCAAUUACCAUUACUGUUGGGUAUAACAUGUUGUUGUUGUUUCUGUAGCGACAGAAUUCUGCCAAUUUGAAAGUCUUUGGCCAAAUAAAAUCCGGUUCCGUUCCGGUUACGUAGACCCGAUUGUCGUGGGAAUGGGAACGUCUGUAAGUCUGUAAAUACUUGUAUAUUGACACCCUAAAAGUUGUCUCAAAACCUACAUAUGGUAGGGUGUACGCAACUAUUAAAUUUCAAGGUCAAAAGUCACAAAAAUCGGUCUUUUGCGCUUUUUUUUGUAAAUAUCUCAUUUCCUAUGGGUUUUUUGCUAUUGGUAUUUAUUAUCAAUAUUGUAGAAUACAAAAUUCUCUACAAAUUUUGUUUAAAAAUUUUUUUCAUACGGUGAACCGUUUUCGAGAUAGAGGGCUUAGAGCGCGCGGUCACAGCAUCACUUCAGGUCAACCGGUGCCUCCGAUCAAAAACGCGCCAUAUAUAGUUGAUGAACUAUCGAUAAAUCAAUGAUUAUAAAUAUUUGUCAAUUUUUAUUAACUAUUAUAUUAUAUUUUAUCAUGAAUUAUUAGUAUUUAUCAUUUAUUUUGUUCGAUGUUUCAAUUUGAUAUUACAUUUUAUAUAAAAUGAAAAAAAUAUACAUAUCAGAAGUAAGUUUUGAAAGAAUUUAUUGUAAUUGAAAAAUUAAUAUCUCAACUUCAUAUCUCGUGGAAUUGACUGAAACAUAAAACAUUUAAUACUACAUCGCAUUUGGUGCAUUUUUAAGACGAAUGUUUGCGACAAUUUUGACUACGACGAGGCUUCUCUAAUUCAAUGUCAAUGCAAAAUUUGGCAAACUUUGUCUUUACGAACACUCUCCAGAGCUGUGUAUUUGCAUUUUCGAACAGCUGUUGACUGUGGAAUAAACGUCUCGGAAGUCGAAAUCGACGGUAUUGCCAUUCUGCAACUAAAUAUGGAACUGUAAUUGAUCCAAUGGUUCUGUUUUUUGUGUCAUAGAUCUUUUGGUGGUGCGUGACAUUGCCUUCUCACAAUGAAUUUUCUAAGCGUUCACCAUUUUCCAUUUGUUAUUAGUGGCCAAUACUUAUUGCCUUCAAUACGAAUUCAAUAAUUGUUCAUGGCAUUAUCGAAGAGAUUAACGCCAUCCAUUCGAUUAUUGUAUGCUCUUACGCUAUAUGGCCAUAUCAAUAUUAUAUUUUAUUUUGAAACCAAAUCGAAUGGGCUUUCCUUUGAUAGAUAGAUUGUGUGAAAAUAUGCCAAAUUGCAUGAAUUUCUCAUUCAAACAAAUGUUACACGGGGUCACUUUGGCGAACUUAUCACUAUCAUCAAUUUUGUGAUUUUCGCACCCAUAAUGUUCCUCAGUCUCGUCGCAAUCGAUUGAUGCAUUUGGCUUGCCUUCAUUGUGCGCGCACGAUAUUUCAAUGUCGCCAGCUAUUUCAUUAGACAGAAACGCACUUUCAUCGAUAUUUUCCGAGCCGCUUACUGCAUCUGUAUUUUCUGGAGGCAAGAGCACUAAGUCGACCGUAUCCGUAUCUCCUCAAUCUCUGUUGUUGUUUUUGUUGUUGUGACAAUUUUUAGAUGGGUGGGGUUCGUUGGGCAUGCAAAGAGAUGGCUAGUAUUAUGUGGAGACUCGUUGCAUGCAGGAUAUAUAUUUGGUAUGUUGGGGUCGAUUCUGGAUAAGUAGGAGUUUAGCCUGCUACACUAUCCAGAACGAAGUUGCGCGAGGGUCACUCUAGAUUCUCGUUGCAACUCGAGCUCUUCGUCUGCGAUGGGUGGUGGUUUGACUUCAAGUACGCCAUUUACUGGGAGGGAGUCGGAAAUGUGUUGUUGACUCCACUGUGAAUGGCGGUCAGUGCAUGUCUUAAGUUCGUUGCGUCCGAAGUCUGGUCGGUGUACUGUCCAAUGUCGUCGAUGUAAUUAAGGAGGGCCUCUUGAUGUUCAUGAGAGGCGGUUCUGCUUCAAGCAGACGACUACAGGGGUGGUUUCUGCGAAAACAUCUCAGCAGAAACUGCUUGGAGAUGAGCUCGUUAUGUUCCUUAACCGGAAGAAUAAGGGCUUCACUGUAUAGAUGUUUGAUUAAAGACAUCAAGAGGCAUCCCGUUAUAGUCCGGAUUGCAGUGUACUUUGGGCUCUGUACUUUGGCAGUUAUGGCGUUUUAAAGAAAAAACCCGAAAGAAAAAAUUCCUCAAGAAUGGAAAUCAUCACUACCGCGCAGCAGGGGGGCAUACCUGCGAAUCACACUGGAAGACCUGUUCAGGCUCCUGGACAACAACCGACUAACUGCCUGCCUGGAAGGGUUCCUUUUUAUUUUCAUGAUCUAGGAAGCCUCUGGAUAAUUCCAUUGUAGAAAUAUCUAGCAAGAAAGUUCUCGAAUAUUGCAUGACUUGGAAACAAGUUUUCAAUCGAUUAUUACAUUUUCUGCUCCAUAAUCACGAAAAACUAUAUGAACUGUAAGGCGACUAUCCGUUUUGUGGGCUUUGAUUAUGAUACCUUCUACGUUAACUUGUUCGUGAAAGUACGCAGUAAUUAAUAACGUCCACAAAAAAAAUUGUGUUGAAUUUAUAAUGUAUUAGUGGCCAUCAUUCAUCUUGAACAUUGGAGUUCACCAGAAACAAACCAGAAACAUCGACCGGUGGUCGAUUUAUCGACCAGUGCAUUUUGCACAUUCGUCAUCAUUUUAUACUACAACCAAUCAGGCAGAUGUACUUUUGUAUAUAUACUUUUGAACCAUUGCACAAAAUACUUAAAUUGCAAUACGUAGCAGAGGUAUUUAUCGAAUAAGAAUAAUCCGCAUACAAUAUAGUAGGAAAGACAACUGCGAUUGUUCUCGACCGAAGACUACAAAACGGAAAAUUAUAUUAAGGACUCCGUCGUUUUGGACAUGUCAUGUCAGCACGUAUCACGACUAAUUACAACAGCAGCAACAUCAGUUUUAUCUGAAGAUCAGGAUCCGUAUGUGUUCACAGAAACAGUGCCAACCACGCCACCCAUUUUAUUUAACGCUCAGAAAUCGCGAAGCAAGGUAUACAUAGACGCGAAUGCAAUAACAACUACUCCAACGCCAAUACAAAGUUUAUCCCCAACACCAGCCAUAAGCGCAGCAGUUCCAACCAUAGCAACACCAACGCCGGCGGCGUUAGCAAUCAGCUCACCAGUCACCAACAAACGACAAACACCAAUUGUUACAACCAACGCAAAAUUAAAAUUCAAUCAGAAACUACCAUUGGGACCGUUGAAUGGCAAUAAUACAAAAACGCAGACGGCAUCGACGUUGGCUGCUGCAACGGGCCACAAUGGGCCCUCAGCAGCGGCCGCUUCAAAAGCGGUUUCACUUUCAACUGUAAAGACAACAAAUUCGCAAUCUCAGAAGCAGCAUCAGCAGCAUAAGAAAGCUUUGAAUGUGUGCAUAGUGCGACCGCAGCAGCAGCAACAGCAGACGCAAGCUGUGCGACAACAACAAAAUUAUAAAGCACAGCGGAAGCAAGCCUCUUCGCCACCGCCAUUGUUUCAGCACACCCCGUCUCUAUGGCAAACGCCAUUGCUAUUGGACACGGGGUCGGCGGUGGUUAGCCCACCGACAUCACCCGCUUCGUUGCCCUCUCCCCCUAUUGCGGUUCCUCCAACACCCACCUCGGUAACAUUACCGUUUACUGCUGCUACAGCUAUGGUUAGCCCUCUGAUUACAGUAUCAGCGACGACAUUGCCACCAUCUAAAUUCCAUCACAAUACACUGGCACAGCAUUUGCAAAAAUUAGAAUGCAUUAAAAAGCCAAAGAAACCAAUUUCUGGGGGCAAUGUUCUUAACGGUAAGCCUACAAAACAUAUUCAAAUGCAACAAAAUAUUCAAGAGCAGGACAUAGCACUGAAGCAUCACCAACCUUCCUUGUUGCCACAGCAGCGACAGCAACAGUUAAGUGGCAUAGGUGCCAAAACUGUUAUUCAACCGACAGCGGCACUCUUGCAAGCACAUGUGGUUCAACAGCCACAAUCGCAAAAGCAAAUGCACAAGUCUUCUAUGGCUAUGCCCUCUGCACCGCCUCCAUUGCAGGCAAUUCAGGCGAUUUCACCACCCCAACAUUCCGAUCCCGAUUUGAAUGAGAUUCCAGUAAAUGUUAUAUUUCGCAAGCCGCAAACGAGUGAAAUGCUUCACACACAACUCAGUGGCGGUAUACGUGAGAACGCUGUAAGUAAUACUGCAUGUCCCAGAAGUAGCAGUGUUGACAACACAUCGGUGAAUAGAAGGGGUUCAGCAAUUGAAAUAAUAAACAAAACGAGCUCGACUAAGACAAAAUCUAAAUCAAUAUCUACAGCUGUCAUGGCCGCUAAAACUGUAACUCUGCCGCCGUCAACUUUACAGCCUUUUCCACAUGUAUUACGCGACAUUGUUUUCACGCACACCAGACCGACCCAAAUUGCGCCGAGCGAAGAUACUUCGAGGCUACCUGCCCACAUAUACAACACACCUCAUCUCCAACCACCUGCCACUAUACAUAACCAGCAGCAAAAUAUGUCUUCCAUUUCAAAGCCAUCACCUCCAACAUCGGCACAACCACAGAAAUAUGAAACUACAACCCCUGCUCAACUUGUACAACCCCUGCUCAAGCUAGGAGAAGUUAUUAAAAAUGCUGGCAGCGAAGGAAAGAGUCCGCAAAAAGUAAUCGAUACACAAAAUGUAAUCGCUGUAGUCAAAGCUACAGCGGCUGCUGCCAAAAACUCGUCCAAACGAAAAUCAUCUGCAACAGCAACGGCUUUGUCAAGUAACAAAAAUCAUUUGUUACAGUAUGCAAAGAAGCGCAGCCACAAAUUGGGACCAUUGUUUCGAACAUAUGAUAACCAAAUGGUGGUAAGUGGUAUUGAUUUGUUAGAAUGCAACACCAAUUCGCAAAAAAAACGGACUUGCCAUGCUGUGGCAGUAGUAAAAAUGUCUAGUGCCGAAAUUGAAGCAGAUACAACUUUGUUGGCCUCUGAUGUAGUCCUACCUUACUGCAUCCAAAAACAUUGGUUGUUUAUUACCCACAAUAUACAGUUAGUGGAAGGUGUUGAUGUAUUUGCUGCUGCAGCUGGUAAAGGUGUUGGCAGUUUAGAUGCAAUUUUGCAGGGAACAAGUGAUCGAGAGACCCAAAUUACUCAUCGAAAGAUGCUUUUGCGGCGUCAAGCGAUGCAGCUCCUCUCCACACAACCGUUGCAAGUACUGCCGAUGCAGGCAGCAAAACGUCGAUUAAUGUGUGUGGAUCGCUUGUUGAGAAAGUACGCGCGUCAUGGUGGAGAUGACAUAAUCACUCCAAAGAAUUGUAACUCUGUUGGUUGCAGUAAAGGCGUUCUUGAAAUUGCAGCGCAAUGUGAAGAUCACAUUGUGGACAACAUCUCGCAGCAUAUCUUCUUGCCGUGUACCGCGAAAUUCGCCGACAACACUCAAUGCCGCAUUCCCGUAUUUGAUAUAAUGCACGAUCUGCCACUUUGUGUAGAGCAUGCGCGCAAGCGUGAUGCCUAUAAUCGUGUCGUGCAUGAUCAACAGCGAGUUGGGAGUCACAAAUUGACCACGGCUACUGUAGAUACAGCAAUGACUCAAUCUUCUCUAGAUUGUGAUGCCGGUGAUUUGUUACGACAACUACAACAAAUUCAGCAUCAGCAUAAGCAGCAGCAGCGACAACAACAACAGACACAUAUGCAGCAUAACCUAGAUAGCACUGCUACAGUUGGCAAGAACAAGAAAUGCGUCAAUAUAAAAGCGACAACCACACGAAAACGUAAAGUCCCCAAUACAGCCGGGUCCAAUACGGUCGGUCGACCACAAAAGCGUUCGCGUAAAAGAGGAACUAACGAAUCACCAUCUGGACCAGUUGUGUCUGUAGCAGUAGCUCCAAUGCAAUUGACUUCAGCAGUGUUGCAGCGAAAGGGCAGCACCACCUCACUGGAAUCGAUUGCAAGUAACUCGCAAUCCUCCAAUUCCCAGCCGCAUUACAUUUCUUCGAACAUAAGUGUUAAAUCUCAAACCCAAAUAGCUAUGCCUGCAUUGGCACCGCUCAGCGGCCACAAUGCGCCUAUCGUUAGCAGCACUUUGACGGUGGGUUCGGUGCCAAAACGUAUGCUUAACUUCAGCACAAGCAGCCGCGAUAGCGCUGCAACUCUUGGUGGAACCGAAAAUGUAAUGGCUCAAAAUUUGAAGCCACAUGAAAUUAAUCAACUGGUUGCACAGUUCUCUGUUACAGUUAGCAGUAAUAACAACAAUAAUAAUGAAAAUAGCAAUAGUCUCACUGCAUAUAGCAACAGCAGCAUGAACAACACUUAUAAUUACAUGAGUUCAAAUUGUGAUUCUAACUUCACAUCGGCGCUGGGCUCAUCAUCAUCAUUGCCCUCAUCAACAGAGGAGCUGUUCCGUCAAGAAUUGUUAAGUGUUUGUGAGAACAGCUCAGUCUAUGCCAGUUCUGAGGAUACCGGUUUGGGCGGAUUGAGUGAGACUGAGCUGAUGGUGGGUCCCAAUGAUGCAGACGACAUACCGUUGGGAGAUACACGCUUGUUAGAGGAACAUGACCUAGCAAAUGUCCUUAGUGCCCUGCCAGAGGACGCAUUCAACGAGUUAUUUACAGCAGUACAUCAAGAAGAACGCGAAGAAGUUGAACGAGCUCUUGAAUUGGCUGAUAAACAUCUAAAAAGUCUACAACAGACCAUUGGCUCAGAUAUUGAUUUCUUGGGAGAAUUUCCUGAUGAUGAUGAUAUCUUAGCUGAUACCGAUGUUAUGUGUAGCAAAAUGGGCAUGAUGCAUUCCCCAGAUGCUACGUCCGGCAUUGACACGUCAACACUAUUUAUUGAUAGUGGUAGCAACAGUGUAGGAGGAGGUGGUGGUGGGAGCUUAAAUUCAAGCAAUAUUGCUGAUAUACGCGGUCUAGUACAAACGUAAAUGCUGAGGCCAAGUAACGGAUAGUGCGUCAAUGGAGACUACCUACAUGAAUAUGAAUAAUGAAAUAGUAGAAUAUAUAAAAAGGUAAAGAUAAAGUUUUCUUUAUUAAUACAAAAAAAGUAUGAAAAUGCAUAAAACUAAAAAGAAAACAAAAAAAAUGUAGUAAGAUCUUUGAUAAAAAAAAGGAUUUGAGAACAUUUUAGCAUUUCGCAUUUAUUUUCAGAUUAUAUUGUACUAAGUAUAUACAAAUAUAAAAAAUUAGAUCUAGCUUUGCGUUUUUACUUGACUUUAUUCGCACAUUACAGAAUACAAACGCGAAUUGCUGAAAUGUUUUGAGAUUCUUAUUAAUAAUUAUAAAUAUUAAUAAAAUUCAUGUAUAAUAAAAUAAUUUUAACCAAUGAAUACAUAUAAAAUUAUAACUGCAAUAUGUUGGUAAAGUAAAACAUCGUUUUGAACUAACAAUGUUACUUUAUUACCAGAUGUAUUUGAACCUCACAGAUAAAUCGAAAACACAUAAGAAUGGUUGAUAUAUAGCAUACUUAAAAAAUAUAUGGUAUAUGUUAUAUAAAGAAUAGAAUCACAACUGAAAUCAAAAACCAUGAAA